AAAAAAAAAGUGGCUGAAACAGCAAACAUAUUCACACACGCACUGGCAGUCUUGUCGCCGUGAGAAACUGUUGCUCCACAGUAACUUCGUUUUUGACAACAUGGACAUGUCAAACACAAGGAUUGUCAUCUUGGGAAAAACUGGAGCUGGGAAAAGCAGCCUGGCAAACACCAUAUUUGGAGAAAAACACUUUGCAAUCAACAACACUGCUAACUCGGGAACAACUGAAUGUCAAGCAAAAACCAAAUCUGUCAGUGGAAGGAGCAUCACUCUGAUUGACACCCCUGGUUUCUUUGACACGGACAAAUCUGAGGAGGAGCUGAAGCCUGAAAUAUUGAGGUGUAUCACAAGGUGCGCUCCUGGACCUCAUGCUUUUCUCAUUGUGCUAAAAGUGGACAAAUUCACUGAGCAGGAGAAGGAACUCAUCAGCAAAAUAAAUGAAUACUUUUCUGAAGAGGUCUUCAAAUAUGCAACACUGGUCUUCACUAAUGGUGAACAAUUGCCUGAAGGAGAGAAAAUUCAGGAUUUUGUCCACAAGAAUAAGUCUCUGAGUGAUCUGGUGAAGAAGUGCGGAGGCCGCUGCCACGUCGUUGAUAAUAAAUACUGGAAAGAGAGGUCAGAGUCUGAAUACAGGAGCAACCGGUUCCAGGUGAAAGAGUUACUCAAGACUAUACACAACACAAUCCUGGCAAACAAAGGAGGCUGCUACACCAAUGAGAUGCUCCAAGCAGUGGAGGAGGCAAUACAACAAGAGGAGCAGCAUAUUAGACAGUCAGGAGGAAACAUGUUAGCGACAGAGAUCAGAGAGCAGGCAAGGAACACAGUGUCUAAGAGGCUUUUGAACAAACUGGCAGGAAUUGUAACAGGAGCAUUGUUAGGAGGUUUUUUUGGUUGGAAACGAGGACGAGAUUUAGCCCAACUGGGAAGAUCAGUAGUAGCAGCAGGAGGAGGAACAGGAGAAGCAAUUGGGAAGGUAUUAGCCAUACUCACAGUGAUAUCUACCACUCUAGUGGGAGCAGGUAUGGGGGCGGUUAGAGGCAAAGAGGCAGCUGAAGGAGCACACACACCCUGGGAAGCAGCAUCGAGGGCAGCAGCAGCCGUUACGACCAAUGAAGUUUUGGGGAUAAACCAAUGACAGCCAAUGUUACCAGAGAGUCAGAACCGUUGAGUUGUGACUCUGGAAGAGUAGGGAGAGAAUGUAUAUUGAAAAAGUCAACCACUGAGUUGUUUAUGUUUAUUCAUAUCCAAAAACUUGUACUUCUUAGUUGAUUCUAACUACUAAGUGUCUGUUUGAUGCAUUAAGUACACUAACUGUAAUCUGUACAAAUAAAAAAUCAUUUUAGCAUCUUUUACACAUGGGGUCAUAUCUAAAAAGUGGCCUGGAAUCUGAUUGGCCACCCCAGGUGCCACUAAAUUAUGAUUGGCUAUCUAACCUAGUUAUUUUGAACUGUUUGAGAACUUAAUAUAAUUUUCAUUUAUAGGCGCAAUUCAGUCUGAGAGGUAGUAAUGUGCCAGAAUAUUGUCUCAUCUAAUUUUUUUGUCACUUUAGUUUUGUUGGCACUUUUUUAACUUGCUAUUGCAUCUAUUUUCGGGGGAACACUUUCUUUAAUAAAGUUUGGAAGCUUUUUUUUUUUUACAUUUGUGUGAUGUCACUCUGUUGUGCGGUGAUUGGUAGAUCUAUUUAUCUUUUAAACUAAACUAUAUACAGGAAUGUAAGAAACUGCAAUGUUAAGAAAAAACAAAACAAAAACAAAAGUUGGUGAGGGUAGUGGGGAUAAAAAUGGUAAAUUAAAGCUAUGCCAGCGUGUGUGCCCGCAGCAUUCAUACUAAGUCAGUCCCCCACUUAGGCCGUCCAAAAAGAAGUCUGGACACACCACUGUAAACGCACAAGAUCUUUAAAAAUGUCAAACCAGUGUACACAUUCAUCAUUCUUUUUUGUGCUAAUGAUUUAUGAAUUAAUUUAACUUGAAAUCCAUCACUGCAAUAUUUUUUUGUGUCUGAAAUAUAACUGGGGUCUGAGUGGAUAUAUUGAUGUACAACAUUAUUUUGUAAGACUGGCCUUCUGAUGCUUCUGUAAAAAUAGUUGUGUUUCUUUGUGGAUUGAAAUGUAUCACCAAGAGAAAUAUGAACAAUCAAUAAAGUGAAAUUUAUGAAAAAA